CCCUAAUAUUAGCUGUGGCCUGCAGCCAUUAUAGCUGCAAUUCCAGCCCCACCCAAAAUUCAUAUUCUGACACGCCUACUUGUUGCUAUCAUGUCUCUACAAUGUCAGAAGUGCUCUUACCUUCGUGAGUUUGAAGCAAUUGUGUUAUCCUGUAAACCAACCGUACUGAACCAAUUGAAUUGUUAUGAAGUUUUACUGAACGAUACUAUACUGUUUCCAGCUGGAGGAGGACAGCCUAGUGAUCAUGGACAGAUAGCUGGAUUUGAUGUGAUAAAUGUUGAAAGAAGAGGAGAUUGUUCUGCCGUACAUUAUAUUAUGGAGCCUGUAAUGGCUGGACAACAUGUUACCCUUUGUGUUGAUUGGGCUAGAAGAUUUGAUCACAUGCAACAGCACUCUGGUCAGCACCUUAUUACAGCCAUUGCUGAUCAAAUGUAUCACUAUAAAACAACGUCUUGGAAUUUAGCAACUGGCAUUGACGGGAAGUGUUUUAUUGAAUUAUCAAGCCCCAGCAUUACUGAUGAAGAAUUACAGUCAAUUGAAGACAAGUGUAAUGAAUGCAUACGGAACAGAAUAGCAAUGAGAGCAAGAUGGCUGGACCCUGACUCUGAUGAACUGAAAACUAUCAGAACAAGAGGAUUACCUGAUGAUGUUGCUGGUCCAGUACGGGUUAUUGAUAUUGAAGGUAUUGAUUCCAAUAUGUGUUGUGGUACCCAUGUCAAUAAUUUAAGUGAUAUACAAGCAAUUAAAUUAUUGUAUGCUGAACAAAAGAAGGGGAAUACUAUAGUGUAUUAUAUUGCUGGUAACAGAGUAUUUCAUUAUCUUGGGAAAACUGUUCUACAUGAAAAGAAAUUGACCAAGUUGUUGUGUACUGGAACAACUGAACAUUGUGAUUCUGUUGAAAGGAUAUUGAAGAUACAAAAACAACAAAAUAAAAUAAUACGAACACAAUUAAGGGAAUUGGCUAAACUGUUGUCUUUUCAGCAUUUACACAAUGAGCCAGUUGAUCCAUUAGCUAUCAUACAUAGAGAUGAUGGUGAUAAUGAAUUUAUGAAUAUAAUUGCUUCUGAAUUGACGAAAAAAGAUAUACUAGUGUUUGUUACUGUGGGUGACAAUAAAACUAAUGGACAGUUCUUAUUAGCCAGUAAUAAUGAGACACUGAUUAAUGACUUAGGACCAAAAGUAACAGACCUGCUUGAUGGUAAAGGAGGAGGAAGGAAGGGAAGAUAUCAAGGUAAAGUAAACAACAUGUCUAGACGAUCUGAUGUAGCAACCUUAUUAAGGGAGGCAAUACAACAAAAAUAAAUUAUUGUGAUGCCUUUUCUUUGAUUAUAAUUUUGAUGCCUUUACUUCAUUGGAUUAACUAUAUAUGCUUCACAUAAAAUGAACUAUAAAAUUACUUAUAUUAUUGUAAUUACUUGUAUUAUUGUUUAAAUUUUUUUACUUGUAUUAUUGUUUAAAUUUUUUCAUGAAAACUUUUUGUUACAGUGUA